CAGUCGGCAGCGCCCACCAGUUUCGUGUUGGUGCGUUUAGUGGCAUGGAGUGCCAUGUCGAGUCAUUCUGCUAGCUUGGCAGCAUUUGUUGUAUGUCAGCCCUGUUUUUUUACCAACAUAAUCGGGUAUCCCUAAUAAAUGCACCAUAAGAUUCAAAAAGAUUGAUGAAAAUGGAGUUGAUGGAUGAGGUACAGUCUGAUGUACAAUGCCUCAUAUGCAAUGAAGUAAUCACUGAUGAGCAUUACAUAUCCCUAUCUGAUGAAAAUGUAAAAACAUCUGAGAAAGGUUUAAUUGACUCAAUUAUUUCACAAAUUCUGGAACAGCACAGCAAUGGUACUGUAUUGCACUGUGAUACUCUGUGCCAAAUCUGCUACAAUUCAUUUAAACAAGUGCAUGAAAUGGAAAAUAAGCUGAAUGCACAGAGGUUGCAAUUAAUGAAUAGAUUCAAACCCAUGAACACUACAAUCACAUUGUGUGAAGAAGAUGUGAACUCAGUAAAUAUUACUUCUGAUGGGUACAUUGGCCCCAAGAAGAUACUAGAUAUACCUUCUUCAGAUGAGGAAGAAGAAGAAAUUCAAAUGAUUGCUCAAGGCAUGCCUAUAAAUGAAGAGAAGAAAUUGAAAACAAUUGAAGAGAUUGAAGAGGAACUAGUCAAGAUUCAUGGCCCUGCUGAUGAUAUCACUUUGGAAGAUAUACAAAAAUCAAAUGAAGAUAGCGAUAACAAGUUAGACGAGACGCUAAUCGAUGAUAGCGAACAGUUACAGGAAAGUCAAUUUAUUAAAAUUGAAGCUCUGGAAGACGACAAGACAAAAGUUCUAAGGCGGACUAUUAACUAUAUAAAAAGCGGGCAAGAAAAAGAAGAUAAAUUUAAACUACAACGUGAAUUAAAAGAUGAGUUGUCCGCUGAUAACAUGGUAACAAGAAAUCAAAACCUGUACACGUGUAUGCUGUGUGAGGGUGAUGUAACAGUCUGCGGGGAAGCAAAAGCCAUCAUGACGCAUAUCAAAGAGGCGCACGACCAACGCCUGUACAUCUGCGACUUUUGCGGCGAUUAUUUCCGCAAACGCACUGAAUUAUCAUCGCAUAUGGACGACCAUGUCGCGAAUGAAGAGGGCGACUUUCAAUGCGAAGUCUGCAAUCGCAUCUUUAGCAACUUGCGCUUGUUUCGGAUUCAUAGACGGAUGCACCAGCCACAGAAUAAAAGCUGGGCAUGCGAUCGUUGUGGAAAGAAAUACAGCUCGAAGAAUUUGCUGGAGGAACACAUGAACACGCACACUGGUUAUAGACCGUAUCAAUGCGGCGUUUGUGGGAAGGAUUUUGCAUCCAAGUAUACGUUCCGUGCGCAUGAGAAGACGCAUGAAUCAAGACCACGUCCACACAGUUGUUCAAGCUGUCCGAAAACAUUCCUGAAUAUUCACAAUUUGACGCAGCAUGAGAAGACACAUGCCGGGAUCAAGGACCACACUUGUCACUUGUGUGGUGCGUAUACAAUUUUGUUUGGCUCCGCACACAACUUGGAAGUUCACUCGAUAAUCCACACGAGUUAUCGGCCGUUCGUUUGCGGUCAGUGUGGGAAAUCAUUCGCGAGGAAAGCGGAAAUUCGCGAUCAUGAACGUACGCAUACAGGUGAGCGACCGUAUCAGUGCGAGUUCUGUGGCGCCACCUUCAGCCAACGCUCCAACCUACAGUCUCAUAAGCGCGCAACGCACUAUGACGACAAGCGAUACAAAUGCGUGGAUUGCGGGAAAGCGUUUAAGCGACGCCGCUUAUUGGACUAUCAUAUAAAGUCGGCACAUACGGGCGAACGCCCCUUUAAAUGCAGCGUAUGUGGCGCAACGUUUGUCUAUCCGGAGCAUUUCAAGAAGCAUCGUCGUAUUCACACCGGCGAGAAGCCCUACCGCUGCGAAGUGUGCGGCAAGGCGUUCAACAGUCGCGAUAAUCGCAAUGCGCAUCGCUUUGUUCACUCGGAUAAAAAGCCUUAUGAAUGUUUAGAUUGCGGUGCAGGAUUCAUGCGCAAACCCCUCUUAUAUCAACACAUGCAAUCGGAGAAUCAUUUGAAUGACACAAUUGUAGUUAAUCAACCGCGUUUGCCCGAAGAUGAAGAGUCUUAUUACACGCUUGUAGAUGGCCAGUUGGAGAUCACGCAGAGGAAAGUGUCACGCACGCAGGUCGACCUGGAAGAGAUGCAGGAAAAUUCGACAGAAACGGAAAAGUUGUACAUUGCUGAACAUAUGAUGGUUGGCGAUGAUGAGGAAGAAUUAAAGGACACCGAGGGACAUCUAAUUCUUAGCCAGGAUGACGACGAUGAGACAAUUAUCAUUGACGGACAGCGAUUUCGACUAAAGGGUGAAGAUGAUGAAGAUAUGGAAGAGGAGGAGGAGGAAGAAGAAGAGGAGGAAACAUUAUUAACAACCAAUGAUGACUUUGAAGCUAUACUUACACCGGAAGCCAUCGCUAGUGCGCAGACGCAAAUCAUUCAAACGAAAGAAGGUCCUGUCCAACUUCUCGCUGUGCGAAUACCGACACACAAUGGUGGGGACGAGGAAGCCUGGCUGAAAAUUCUGCCCGAAAAUAUAGAUGAGUAAUUUAAACAGUGCAUAAGUAGUCUAAUUAUAUUCGAUUCUAUUAUCAUUUACUGCUGUAAAUUUUGUAUAAAACAACGUACUCAUUAAAUAAUUUUUAGACUUA